CUGACAGCCCCCUUCAUCUCCGUCUCUCCCUACAUUUGUGAAGAAACCACUGGUCUAUAUAUAAAACCUUCUUCCUCACUGACGUGAUCUUUACCGUGCCACAGCCCCUUCAUCUCUUUCUUUCAAUAAAGUUCUCUUUCUCUCUCUAUAUCAAUGUGCAUCUGUACAUAACUGAUCCCCAAACAUCUUUUACAUGUGCAUUUUAAUCUUUUACAUAUCCAAACCCUAGCCCUUCUCUCUGUUUACUGAAACCCUAUUUGCCUUCGUUGUGUCCUCAGUCCAUCGACGACUCGGGAAAGUUACAAUUCAAUAAAUAUAUACUUUCUUCAAAAAUUAGGGUUGGAAAUUACAACUGGGAGACCGGUUUUAAGUGGAAAUCCAGAUUUGUAGCUUUUUUUAUCAAGGUUUUUUCAAUCUCAGACAAGCAAUUGUGUUACCGUUGGAAAAUGGUUGGUGGGAACAGGAGAGACGACGGAUCGUUCACAGCUAGCAACACUAAUGUUUUUGCAGCGUUGGAGAGUCUGAAGAGGAGGAAGAAGUCUGACAAAGAUAAGAGCGUGGGGAAGACUGGUAAGAGUGCCUCCAAAGCUGGGAAAUCUAAAGAAUCUGGGGAGGAGAAGCCGCAGGUGUUCUGGGCUCCUGCACCUCUGACUGCCAAGUCAUGGGCUGAUGUGGAUGAUGAGGAUGAUGAUGAUUACUAUGCCACCAAUGCCCCUCCCCAGUCUCUUUGGGGCGAUUCAGGUUCGAAUAAACCUGAAGAGAAUCAUAAACCAGACCCCUUGGAGGAAAGUGAAAGUGAAGAACUUCUUGAUGAAGGUGAUGAUGAUGUGGAAGAUGACCACGAUCAUGAACCAGAGGUGCAAGAACAGCCUGAGCCAAUUGCAAAAAAGCCUGUAGAAACUUCUCAGGCAGCAAAAGAAACAGAAAGACAGCUUUCCAAGAAGGAGAGAAGGAAAAAGGAGCUUGCUGAAUUGGAGGCCAUUUUGGCCGAUCUUGGAGUUACCCCAAAAGAGAAAGCCCAAGAUGAAUCAACCGAUGCUACAAAAGAAAAGAAAGAAGGGGAGUCGAAUGGAGAUGCUAAGAAGGAUAAUGUCCCUGCAGAAUCUAAAAAUGCAAAAAAGAAGAAAAAGAAGGAUAAAGUUUCAAAGGAGUCUAAGGAACACGAUGAUCAACCCAACAGCUCGAAUGUCUCUAAUGGUCUUGAGGAAGCUGCUGGAACAGAACAGGGAGAAGAAGAUGCAUCUGCUGUUGAUGUGAAGGAGCGUCUGAAGAAGUUGGCAUCUUCUAAGAAGAAGAAAUCUAGCAAAGAGAUGGACGCUGCUGCAAAGGCAGCUGCUGUGGAAGCCGCUGCAAGGAAUGCAAGACUUGCUGCUGCUAAGAAGAAAGAGAAGAGCCAUUACAACCAGCAGCCAAUGCGGUAGGAGCAGCAGAUUGGUCGAGCUACAUACUGACAGAGAUAAAUAUGUCUUCGUACGUUUUGUCUUCUGAAAUAAACUCUUGGUGCCUACUAUUUUAUGAUAGAUGGACUUGCUAUAGUUUUGUUCUCAUUUGUACUCUUUAACGGUUCUGUUUGUCACAUUAAUACUUCUUCCUACAAAUCUACAUUUUUUUUGUGGAAUUUUGAUGAAUGUGCCUUUGUUCAGAA